AUGUCAGUUAACAAGGUCCAGUAUAAUGGCGACACGCCAGCACUCCAACCAGGAGAAAUCAUUAGGUUUAACACUAGAAGCACCAGGCAACCAUUGGCGAUAAAUCUGCAGUCUAAAAACGUCCCAUUGAAGAUUCAUAUAAACGCCUCUGAAGGUAAGGUGUUCGUGACGAAUCAGAGACUCGUGUAUUUGACAUCGACAAACACUUCAAGAGGUGACAUUGAGUCGUUUUGCAUAAACUUCAAUCAACUUCCAAAGUUGAAAUUCACACAUGCACUCAAGCUGGCUCUUUUCGGUGCAAACUACUGGGAAUUCAUGUUCUACAGUCCUUCAGAAGGCAUCUGUGAUGGGUUUCCUCGAGAGGAGUACUUCCAGGGCCUGAUCACAUUCAAAGAUGGAGGCAUGUUUGACUUUGGCGCUGCAAUUAACGAGGCUAUUAAUGACGUGGUCAAUAACCCCCAUAUUGAUGAUGAAUUGCCACGCUACUCGGAACUCUAA